UAUUUUGUUCUAAAUAAUUAUCAAGAUAUGCUUAUGCAAUGAGCGAUGGUCGUCCUGCUAGUGGGACACUAAAAAAAUUUGUCUUCAGAGGCAAGUCUGCAAGUAACGGGGACACCCGAAGUGAAUAUUUAGAGAUUAUUAUACCGGAGCUCUUAACUGCUGGCUACUCCUUUUACACGUGGCCUUCGGCGCCUCUCUUGGCUUGGUAUUUGUGGACCCAACGACGGCAUUUGCGAGGCCUCCGUGUCUUAGAACUCGGUUGCGGCACAGGUUUGCCAGGGGUCUUAGCUGCUAAGUGUGGUGCUCGUGUUACAUUAAGUGAUAGUGUCGCCUUACCGCGCUCUUUACGACAUUUAUCAAAUUGUUGCGAAGCAAACGGUCUAGUUCCAGGUCGUGACGUUCAGAUCCUAGGACUCGCUUGGGGUUUAUUCCUUUCUGACGUACAUUCCCUACGCCCAGUAGAUCUAGUGUUAGCCUCGGACUGUUUUUACGAACCGUCUCAGUUCGAAGAAGUGCUCUCGACUGUAGCAUAUAUUCUGGACGGUACUGACGGUCGAUUUUUGUGUGCUUACCAGGAACGCAGCGCCGACUGGUCUAUUGAAGCAUUGCUGAAGAAGUGGGGGCUCAAGGGUGCACUCAUCGACCUGGAUUCUCUGACCGAGAGCUCCAGCGUGGACUAUAGAGCCUUGAUCGGCGACAGAUCUUUGCAUUUACUAGAAAUCGUAACUGCUUAG